AUGCUGGAGGCUGUGGAUUUUCUCACGGAAAUGCCUCCAAAGAAGCACUUUAAAUAUCAGAACUGUUCAGGCAAGCAAAAGGGGCGCUUUAGAAACAAACGUGGCGACUGGAGUAGAGGUGACCAAAUAGAAUAUCCGCCUCCUCAGAAAUUAUGUACCAGUGGUUCUACUUCAACUGAAACUUCCUCAAGUUCUGAAGAUACUGGUGAUAUUUCUAUUCCAACAGCUAUGUGGGAUUUGGGACAGUGCGAUCCCAAACGUUGCAGUGGACGGAAGUUAGUUAGACUGGGUGUUACGCGUUUACUUAAGAUCCACGAACCAUUUCAUGGAAUUGUCUUGACACCGACCGCAACACAGUAUCUUAAUCCAUCAGUUGAUCGUGAGAUCACUUCUCGAUGUGGUAUAGCUGUUGUUGAUUGCUCUUGGGCACAACUGGAUAAUACUCCAUUUCAAAAACUCAAGUAUCAUCAUGGUCGAUUGAUUCCAUAUCUUCUUGCUGUCAAUUCUGUGAAUUAUGGCCGUCCGUAUAAACUCAAUUGCGCAGAAGCCUUUGCUGCCUGUUUAUUCAUUCUAGGCUGGGAGAAUGAGGCCCGGCAUUUAAUGUCUAAAUUUUCCUACGGUCCAUCAUUCUUCGAGGUCAAUAAGGAGAUACUUGGUUUAUAUCAGUCAUGCAAAGACGAUGUUGAAAUUAUGGCUGUUCAAAAUAAAUAUAUCAGUGAUUUGGAGCAUCAUAAAAAUCGUAAACCUCAGAGCUAUUCAGAUAUUUAUGCUGAUCUUGAUGCGGAAUUGAUGACUGUAGGCGACAAAGAAAUUUCGAGGGACAAGGAGUGUUCCAAUGAUUUCGCUGUCUCAGGUAAUGACCGAGGUAGCUAUGAAACUUUUCAAUCGGAGUCUUUCGAAGACUUAUUCAUCUCCGAGGAAGCACAAGUUAAUCUAGAGCGUCAAUUAGCCACCCUUUGCACCGCAUUUGAGCAUAACAAACUUCAGAAGGAGGCCGGUCGAAAUUGGGACCGCUUUUACAAUCGUCACGGUGACAAAUUCUUCAAAGAUCGGCAUUGGACUCAAAGAGAAUUCAAAGACUUAGCCCAGAUAUCAGAGUGCGAGGACAUUCAGGUAACCAUUUUAGAAAUCGGUUGCGGAGUGGGGAAUUUCAUCUUUCCCCUAAUUGAGGACUUCAAUAAAAGUCGGGAGAAACCUGGUGAGAAUAAUUUAAACUACCUAUUGAUUGUGAGCAGCCGCAUUGAUUUACUUAAACUAACCUCUACUUCAGUGAUUUUCUACGCCUGUGAUAUUUCUCCUAAAGCGGUUGCCAAGGUGAUGGAAAAUUCGACAUUCAGCAGGGACUUCAGCUCGGCGUUUGUGUGUGAUGUUUCUCAGGAAGGAGCACUUGGAAUAGCCCUGAAAAAUGUCCCAAGACCCAACUUACUUGAACCUCUAAGAGAUACAGAUCCCUAUGUCACCUUUCAAAUCGCUACCAUGAUUUUUGUCCUUUCAGCUAUUCAUCCUGAUCAGAUGUCAACCUGUCUUAAAAAUGCCUAUGAUUCACUGCGACCAGGAGGAAAACUCAUACUGCGAGACUAUGGACUCUACGAUCACAGUCAAAUUCGUUUUGGUCGUGGUUCGCGUGUUCUGGCCGACCGACCGCUUUACCAUCGACAAGAUGGAACGUUUACCUACUUUUUCUCACUUGAAGAACUCACAACAUUGUUGAGUGAUGUCGGAUUUUCCGUAGAGCUUUGUACCUAUAUUUACAGGCGUACAGAAAAUCGUGCUGCUGGGCUUUCUGUUCGACGUGUAUUUAUCCAAGCGGUAGCUCAAAAACCUUUGUGA